CUCCGUAGCCCGACGCAGCGGGCCCCGGAGACGUCGUCUCCCCCCUCCCCCCUGCCCACGCCGCCUCCUCGCGCGCGCGCGGCCGGCGAAGCUGGUUAGGGAAGGGGGCGACCCCGGCUCGGCCCGCCGGCCUCCCCUCCCCCACCGGGUCCUGCAUCCUCGGUUCGAAUCGAGCCCAAAGUGUAGUGGACUAGAGGAUGAAGACGAAGUGCCUCGAGCAGACCACAUUAUUGUAGUUUGAGGCUCCUUGAUGAGCAGUGAAAAUGCUACUGGCUGUGGAAGGAGGAGGUUUUUUCUCAUCAUCGGCUUCAGGGUACAGCCAUGGCCUUGCUCUUCUGCUUCUUGGGCGGAAAGAUGAAGAGAAGCCUGUCAAGGUAUCCCCAUGGAAUCAGUACCGACUAGUUGAUCGGGAAGCCGAGCAAGUGUAUCAUCUGGCUUCCAGGAAAGAUCAGGCUCAUGGCAAAUGUGCUCCAUUUAUCUGCUUUGGCCGUGCAGCUGCUGGGCUUGAGGGGGCGUCUCCUCCAAAAUUAAAUUCGGGCAACACGUCAGGGAGUUCGUCAGAAGAGUCAUCUGCUUCAGUAAAGGAUGGAAGUAAUGGUUCAUUAACUGGAAAUGAGAAAAAAGGUUGCCUUAAGAGCAACUCAAGAAGGGAUUCCUUAGAGCAUUGCAUAGUGGUAAGUGAAGGUGAGGAGCCACGAGAGUCACUGGAAGAGGUCCAAACCUUGAAAUCUGGUAUGGAACGGAGAAAAGUUCAAUGGACUGAUACAUGUGGAAAAGAGCUUUUUGAGAUAAGGGAAUUUGAAGCUAGUGAUGAAGGUUUGUCAGAUGAUGAUAUGGAAAAUGAGGGUUUCAGGAAAUGUGAAUGUGUGAUUCAGUAGGUUUCAUGUCUGUACAAUCGUGGCAAUGGAAUCGAUGCUUCUCGCGUAGCUGAAGUUUUGCUGGCUAAAUAUGCCUGCGCUGGUGAAUUCUCAUCGAUCAGGGUAAUAUACAUGUGGAUUCAAGGCAAGGAGUCAUGGUUGAUCUUUUGUCUUGCUGAAUUAUUUGCUGGUGACUUGGUGGUUGUGUUUAGCUAAUCUGCACGUUAGGGUUACAGUUUUGGUUCCCCACUGUACCAUAUCAAGAUUUUAACUCCUCAGUGUCUUGUUCACCUUCUUUUUUUUAGCCUUUCUUUCCCUUCCCUUGGUGCUCACAAGCUCCAAUGUACCAUUUCCGUACAAGUCUGUCCAGUUGGUGUUCUGAGGGAUGUUGGAUCAAUACUAUCUUGUUUUGCUUCUCUCCUCACAUAUUAAGUGAUGGAUUUGUUGACAUUUUUUUGUACCAAGUUGUUGUGUUCAUGCCUUGAUGGCUGAGUGAUGCCAUUGUAAAGAA